CAUUGAUGCACGAACGAGAGAGCGCGGGCGGCGCAAGGACGGCGCUUUUGCGCGGCUGAAGGGGCGGGGCUGCCGCGGUCAUGUGAUCGCUAGAUGCGGCUAGGCUCUAUAUAGGCUCUAUCUAGCUGAGCUCUAGCUAGCCGACCAGCUUAUAGCGCUAAAGAUCAUCGAUUAUGGCCGACAACCUAGGGCUGUUGUCUGUGCUCCUCUGUACAAUACUUUUUCAAGUCAGCCUCGCCGUGGGAAACCUCAAUGUGGAGGCGUUCUCCAACGGCAGUUUCUCCAUAUCGGUAGGAGGGAAACAGUGGUUCAGGAGCGGUUCGGUGGGGGUCCGUGACCUGGGUCGGUGGUGGUCCCAAGAAGACGGCUCGCUAGAGUUGACCGGCAGCGGUCAGAGCGAGGGAGUCAUUAACGUUGGUCCGUUCACGAGCUACUACUACGAGUGGCAGGCCAAAGGUGCUUCCAGCCUAACUCUCACGACUACGGUCAGCGUGUUCGAGCAAAUGCCUGCGGUGCUGUUCGUCUUGGUGUUCAAUGACAAGGCCACCAACACCAGCAGCAAUGUCAACAGCACUCUCUCCACGUUUCCCUCCUUUGUGAUCGAGGAGGGCCCCGUAGAUCGGGGCUACGUUACCUGGUCUGGAAACAUGGCUCGUUUCAUGAAGAUAGACAGGUGGUCUCCAGACGUUCCCAUAUACAGUAACAUAGACGGAGGGUUACCCCUGGUGGUCUACGACUCUGUCAUGGAGAACGCCGUGGUCAUGGCCCCAGCCUCCGACUUCAUGUCUGCCAAUCAGGCAACCUUCAACAAUACCACCACUGGAGAAAAGACCUUGGCAUUUGGACCACUCAGCUCUAUCACUGAGAUACCGGCAGGCUACGUUUGUAGUAUGGUUCUAGUUGCUGGGAACAACGUGACAGACAGUAUGAUGCAGUUUGGAAACUUUCUCAAGACUUUUUACAAGAAGGACGAGAGCUACAGGAAGAGCGACUUCACCAUCAACUAUCUCGGGUAUUGGACAGACAACGGUGCCUGCUACUACUAUGACACUGGUAACUACUCCAACUAUGAGGAGGUCCUGGAUGCCGUGUAUGCCGAUGCUCAAACUGCAAAUAUCCCCUUCAGAUAUCUGCAGAUUGACUCGUGGUGGUACUACAAGGGUCCGGAGAACGGAGUGAAGAACUGGACAGCCAAGCCCAGCAUCUUCCCCAAUGGAAUUGAGGCCGUGGCCAAGAAGACUGGCUGGCCUAUUGAAGCUCACAAUCGCUGGUGGUCUCCUGUAACUGACUAUGCCAAACAGAAUGGAGGGAAGUUUGAGUUCAUAGUGGAGAGUGAAGCCUCUCUCCCAGUGGAGGAGGAGUUCUGGGACUUCCUCUUCUCCUCCUCCAAGGAGACCUGGAACCUCCUGGUCUACGAGCAGGACUGGCUGGACGUGGCCGUCACAAGACUCCAGGCUCUCAGGAACACUGUUGGACUGGGUCGAAUGUGGCUGAAACAGAUGGGAGCUGCUGCCACGAGAUACGGCCUCACCAUCCAGUACUGUAUGCCAUGGCCACGUCACCUCCUGCAGAGUGUGGAGAUCUCUGCAGUGACUCAGAGCAGAAUCAGUGAUGACUACACCCCGGGCAACUCCCAGUGGCAGAUUGGAGACACUACCAUCCUCGCCUCUGCCCUCGGGCUCGCCGCCUUCAAAGAUGUAAUGAACCUACGUCUUCUCCACUCCGAAUGCACACUCAACUCCAUUGUACUUAGUAUCAUUUGUACACAUGUGUCAGUAACAAGGUAUAUAGCAAGGCAAAGAAAGGCAAAGCAAACGUAAACACCCAGGGCAGCUUUUUUCCUUGAAAAAGAAGAGCUGCUGGGUGGGAUUCGAACCCACGACACUGCCAUGCAGUCGAGGCGAGCACUCUACCAACUGAGCUACCAGGGAACUCAGCUGGUAGGGGUUCGAAUCUUCAACAUAUUACAUACAUGUCUCCCACAGUUAGUCAUGGUUCUCCAUGGCCUUACAGAAUUUCCAUACGAGUGUUAUUGAGAAGGGGUGCCACAACACAGAGAAUGAGCCAGCCCCUGCUCUGGAGACGUAUGCUGCAGCCCUCAGUGGAGGACCUGUGGGCCCCAGCGACCACAUCCUCAAGGCCAACAGAACACUCAUCAUGGCCACUUGCAUGUCUGAUGGUCGUCUACUGAAGCCAACACAUCCAGUCAUGAGUUUGGAUUCUACCUUCCUCUAUAGAGCAUUCCAGUCGUCCGGUCCCAAUGGCCAGCUCUGGGCUGCAUACACUGAGGUGGGUCCAUUCACAUGGUACUACAUCAUAUCUGGGACGAUGUCAUCCGCAUACACCAUGCACGCCAGUGAACUCCCACCCUCUACCAACGUGAAGCCGAGAACAAGUUUCCCUCCGUCUCUGGCCUACACAUACACACUAGACGGCACCGUAGUAAAGGCCAUGAACUUCACCGGAACUCUAGACAUCCCAGAGUGUUCCGUGACUGAUUUCCAGUACUGGACCUUGUCUCCCAUCAUGGCUAGUGGGUGGGCUCUACUUGGAGAACUGAACAAAGUACUGCCCGUGUCCGAGACCCGAGUCGUUGACAUCAUAACUUCUAAUGGAGACAUUCACGUGGUGUACCUGUCUGGAGAGCCGGGAGAAGUUGUGCCUAUGACAGUGUACGAUACUGGGUCUGGGACAACUGAGGUCACCAGCUGCACCAUUGACUCUUCGGGAAAUAGUUAUUUCUUGUUUCCUCAUGGACCAUGUGUGGACUCUAUGUAACUGGAGUAAUUUCACAUAUUAUACUUAUCUAUGGAUAUUAUAAUACUAUAAUGAUUAUUCAUGAUUAUACAUGGGAAAAUUAAAACCAAGGACAAAAAAACUUGGUUGUGUAUAAAUUUUUAAUUUCAGCACGCGGGAAACUGUUGCAUACACCGGAUCUUCCAUCACUGCAGCUCCUGGAUUUCUUAUCUGGGUCAUCUCAUACACUUGAUUUGGUUUUGUAAUGAUAUGGGGUUCUUUUGAGCUUUCCUGUCGCUUGGCCUUUUGUCUAAUGAUGACUGCAGCAGUUAUUCCAGAGGCACCCACAAGAACACCAACGAGGAAAAAAACGACUCCAAUAGUUAUUGUAAGGCCUUCAGAGUUUCUGGAACUCGGAGAUGAUACUGCCACUUGUGCUGUCUGUACACUCAGGGGUGCACUUAACAAUCCCACAUAUCCCUCCACGUUCACAGCAGCCACUUGAAUGGUGUAGUUGGUAUUCGGACUCAGUCCUGUUAGUGACAUCUUGGGUCUAGUAACAUUCUGCCGUGCAGCCUGAUCUUUGGUGUGAACCACAUCACUGUUCUGUGCUACAUACUGCACUUUGUACUUGACUAUAACACCAUUGACCUCACUACAGUCAACUCUAAGGCUAUCCCAUUGUACAGUGAGGACAUUGGGACUUUCAACACCAACCUUAACAUUCCGUGGAGACACUGCUGAUCCUAUGAGGAAGGCAGGUAAAAGUGGUACAUUCAUACACAAGAUUACGCAUAAUAGGUUACACUAUGCCCACGAGACGGUUUAGUGGACAUACACUACGAGUGCGCAGCACGAGUAGUGCAUGCACUAAACCGUCGCGUGGGUGUAGUGUGUAACC